AUGUAUUUAGUUUUAUUAGAUGAUAUAGAUAAAAUAAGAACAUAUAGUUGGGGGUCUGCUACACUAGCGCACCUAUAUCGGUCUUCGUGUAACAAUGCAAUAGCAAAUUCAGGAAAUUUUACCGGAUGUGGUGUUCUUCUUCAAGCUUGGGGAUGGUCAAGAAUGACCAAUCUAGCACCUAUCCAACAAAAUAAUUUUGAAUUCCCAUACGCUACAAGGUGGUCUUCACUUGGGAUGAAUUACGACAACUGUCCCCAUUUCAGUAUCACCCAAUACAAAAAUCUUAUAGAUCAUUUGGGACAAGAUGAUUUUAUUUGGCGGCCAUAUCUUGGUCUAGAAGCCAUUCAUGAAGUUAACCAACGCAACUCUGCAGUGUGGAGUGCAAAAGUACCGAUUAUCAACUUCGCCACCGUGGAGAUGCACAACAGUGAUCGUGUAAAGCUUCAGUUUGGAAUGCUUUAA